AAUCGAAAAAUUAUUAACCAUAAUUGUGAAUACAUAUAUAUUAUAACACUAAGCCAAUAAAUGUCGAAACGCAAUCGAGAUGGUAUGGACGGUGAGAUGAGGAAGCAGGUAAGACAGCGUUUCAAGAAAUUGGUAAGAACCGUAGUUCUCAAUAUGCGUUGGCUGAAUGAGGCCAAUGACGAGUCUGGCCUCUCGUUAAAUGUGAAGCGAAAUGUUGCCAUGUUGAUACGUCAAAAGCGGAAAGUUGGCAUGAUGACCAUGGCGGAAAAAUCUCUUUUGCGUACUCCCCAUUUUGCACGCACAGUGGAAGAUAGAAAGAGAUUGUGCUCAAUAGUUGCUAAUCUUGAAUGUUUUCAAAAAUUACCGCCGAAAAUACGAGCUCGUCUUGUGCCAGUUGUUACAUUCAUGGCUGUCAAUUCUGGACGUAAUCUAAUGAAAGAGGGUGAUUUUCCAAUAACAUUGUAUUUCAUAAUCAAUGGCGAGGUUGAAAUGUCAAAGAAUAUAUUGAAUAGAAUAACAAAGAAAUACGAAGCGAAAUCAGAGUCACUUUUUGGACCAGGCGAUUGCAUAGGCGAUGUGGAUUUAUUUGAAGAUGAACCUAGAACAAAUACCUAUACAGCUACAAGCAAUUGUGAACUUUUGGCAGUCUAUGAAAGCGAUUACAAUAGACUUCUUAAACCGUUUCUAUUGAAACAGUGGGCAGAAAAGAAGACAGCUCUGAGGGCUUUGGAUUAUUUCAAUUAUUUCAAUGAAGAGCAGAUAGUAAAUGCUUGCAAAUAUGGAAGUAUUCAGCAAUUCGAUCCAUUGGAAACUAUAUACACAGAGGAUAAAGGAUUUAUGAGUUAUGUUUAUUUCGUUCUAAGCGGCGAAUGUGCCAUGCUGCAGUGUCUCUAUAUGAAGGUCACUUAUGUUGGCCGAGAGAAGCAAUUCGAAUUGACUAGUGUUUCGCGACGUGAAAGUGUCGACGAUGUCUUAUCGGAAGAGGCCAAGAAACAUAUGCGAAUGUCUGUGAAACCGGUAACAACUUUUGAUGCCACUAAACUUUUGCAAUCCAGCUCAUCUUCUGAGAAUAAGGAUAGAAGGAGUAAGACAUUACGUAAGAUGACACUGAAAGAAAUCGAACGAGCCUGUGACAUGUGGCUAAAACCAUUGGAUGAGCAUACUGAAAAGAAAAAGAAACGUCAAUCGGAUGUAUUUAAUGCCAUGCAUAAAUCCCUUGCAGAUGAUGAUCAGCAGUUUGAGUAUCUAGACGAAGAUGAGUACAGUUAUGGCGAAAGAAAGGGCGACGAUGACGAUGAUGAUGACGACGAUGAGUAUGAGCGAAUAAUUGAAACUGAUAGUACCAGAUAUGAACCUGAACCUCGACAGGCAGAGGAACCUGAGAUUGGUUUUGCCGAAUCAGAAAAUCCUACAUCGUCUUCCAACAGCAGAACCCCGACAUCGUCAUCGAGUGACAGUGUUAUGGCCAUGCCAACGAAGGCAACAUCAUCCACAAAUGAUCAAUUUGAAACACAUUUCAUUGAUAUUGGAUCACUGACAUAUGGCGGCAUUUUCGGUUUGGGCGAGAAAAUGGAUCAUCGUGUGAUAAUGGCUCGCACCACUGUGCAAUGCCUUCUCAUUCCACGUUUCUGGCUAUUUGAGGAGCGACAAAAUCCGGGUAAUAUCUGGCAACGUCAACGUUUCUACAUCGAUUGCAAUAUACCAUCGCGUGAGGCCCUCUUUUCGGACUUUAUUAAGACACGCAAAUGGGAUAAAUUCCGUUCGGAUUAUGUGCAGGGUCAAUUGAAUCAAGAAUCAUUGGCAAAUAAUACCAAAGUCGAAGAUAUUCCCAUAAUAAGUCGCAUUGUUCAAACAACUGAUGAGUUGUAGAACAAAGGAUCAUCAUAAUGCCAAUUAUAUUUUCUUAUUUUCAAUACUUGUCCAAAUAAGUAUGUAUGUAUGUAUACAUUGAGCAUAUGUUCAUCUUUUGCAGCAUUUGCACAAUGACAAAGAUUUCACCAUCCCCCAUAUGGGUAGAGUACUAUAUAUAAAUAUAUAAAUUGAAAAUAAA